AUGACACAUCCAAAAGCAUUAAUGGAUGAUAGCAUCGAGAAUGGACAAGAGUUUUUUUGUACCAAAGUCGAUACAAUGGAAAACUCAAAUAAGACUGGAAAUACUAUCCUUGAUCCUUUAAAACGUACAAAAUCAUUCUAUAACAGCGAAUUUAUUAGAUCUAACUUCUGCCCUUUAAAAUUGAGUAGAAGUGAUAUUAAAAAUCUGUCGAGUGACUUUCCAGACCAGACACUUGGUGGACACAGGAUUUACCGGGAAGAGUUAAUAGAUGGAAAGCUUGCAAAGGUAUAUGAGUAUAAAGUCAAAAUAAUCAAGUACGACAACGAGUACUUGAAAGUAGAGAAAAAAGUCGGCGAUGAAUUUGUACAGCCAUUAAUAAUAAUUGAGAACAAUUUGAUAGUUCCGUUUAAUCAAAACUUAGCCAUACAAAGGAAGAUUGAUGUGUCACAAGAUCAUCCUUUAAAUGCUCUUAGCGAUAUAGGGCAGUUGCCGAUUAAAAGAGGUAGACCCAGAAAGUACCCUGUUGGUAAAGAGCCGUAUAAAAAGAAAAAAUAUCCUGAAAGAAACUAUGAAAUCAUUCCAGAGUCUGACAAUCUCAGAUAUCAAGACGAUUAUUCUAUCAAAGAAUUUGAUGCACUACCUUUUACGUUUUCUAAUGACUAUCACAGACAACCUCGCUCUCCAAGUCCCUAUACAAACGAGUACUAUGACUUUCAAACUGGCCAACCAGUUAAAAUAACUGGGUCCGAAAAAUCAAGUGAACAGAGUAGCAUUUUUGAAAUCGAUGACCAUUUUAAGGACCUCUUAUCGCAGCAGCACAUUCCAAAAACCUAUGCGCAAAAAGGAAAGGAGAGCCCAAAUGAAUUGACAGAUUCCUAUUCGAGAGACUACUUUUAA